GUCAAAUUGCAAAGGCUUUGCAAAUCUCAUCAUCUACAGUGCAUAACAUCAUCAAAAGAUUCAGAGAAACCGGAGAAAUCUUUGUGCGUAAGGGACAAGGCCGAAGACCUUUAUUGGAUGCCUGUGGUCUUCGGCCCUCAGACGACAAUGCAUCACUCAUCGGCAUGAUUGUGUCAAAUGACAUUACUAAAAAUCAUUUUAUUCAAAUUUAAAAAACGUCCCAACAAUUCGGGUUGUAUUUUAAUUUCUUUGUAGAACCAGGAUUCCCAGUGUCUUGGAAAAACCUUUAUAACCUAAUUUUCAAAGUGUGAUUUCUAGACCUGGAAAAGUCAUGUAAAUUAAUAAAAUCUUAUAAUCUUGAAAUAAACAGAUUUUUCUACUUAUGCCAAGCUCUAAAAUCUUUUAUCCGAUAGAAAGUUUGAGUAAAAAAAAAUAAAUAAAUAAAUAAAAAAUCAUUAUCCUUAUUUUUAUCUAAUAAAUUAUGAACAACUGGAAAAGUCAUUGAGCCUUUGAAUAUUGUUGGGGCCAAUAAGGGGCCUUUGAGUCAAAAAGGUUGAGAACCCCAGUUCAGCUCUGGGGAAGUGACAUUACUGGCUUAUUGCUCAUGGCAAAUCAACUAACUGUGUCAAUUGUAUUGAUUCAGUUCUUCUAUGAUCCAUUCUCCCUCUUGGUGGAUGUGCUUGUAACCCACGCCUGGUUUCGCUUAUCUCUAUCUAAUCUAGUCAUAUGCUCAUUUUAAGACAUUUACUAAAUGUCAAGUAAUUCGUAUUGCUCUGAAGAUGACAAUAAUGUAGACAUGUGAACAUUGUGGCAGACACACAUAUAAUAGGCCUAAUUCUGACAUCAUGAAGUGAGGAAUUGAUUUGAGAUCAUUCAUGGGAUCCUAGAGGGGAAGGAGGAACUUUUCCUGAUUUUUUUUUUUUUUUUACAUUUUUUUUUUAUUUUAACAACACCGUGACCGUCUGUUUUAAUGUGUUGCUCGGAUUGUCCUUGACUUGAGUUAGAGUUACAGACCUGAAGAACUGAUACCAUUCAACUACGAGAGGAUUUUUCCAGUCAUGUCAUCACCGUUAUGCAUUCUGUCUAAAAAUGAGAACCUCUCAGUGUCUUUCUGUGGAUCUGGCUUUCUAGCAACUUAUCAACUCGGUGCUGCACAGAGUCUUUUGGAUAAUGCAGCCUGGAUCCUGCAAGGAGCACCAAGAGUGUAUGGCGCAUCUGCUGGCUCUCUCGUGGCUGCAGCAGUUGUGUGUGGGUCCAAUCUAGGACGUGUGCGAGACCAGCUUUUGGAAUUUGCGAGAUUUACCAAACAACACCCGCUCGGUCUUCUCAAUCCCACAGUGGAUAUUUUCAGGUGGCUGGAGGUCACACUGCAGCGCUGUCUGCCUGAUAAUGCCCACACUCUGGCCACCGGCCGCCUGCAUAUUUCCAUGACUCGCAUGUCUGAUGGAAAAAAUGUUUUGAUGUCGGAAUUUCUUUCCAAUGAUGACCUUAUAAAAGCUCUUUUGUGCAGCUGUUUUGUUCCUGUAUACUCUGGCGUGAUCCCACCACAGUAUAAAGGCGAGCACUAUAUGGAUGGAGGUUUCACAAACAUCCAGCCCUUAGAGGAUUUCUCUCCCACCCUCACGAUCUCCCCGUUUGCUGGAAACAUGGACAUCUGUCCCUCCGAUACCUCCACCAUCCUCUGUGACGCCAUCAUCCAGCAGCUCUCCUUCCAGUGCUCCCUCACCAACUUCAUCAGACUGGUAGAUGCUAUGUUCCCUCGAGACUGGAGGGUUUUGAAGAAGGCUUUCUACAGUGGAUACCAAGAUACCGUAUACUUUCUGCAGCAGAGCAACGCUUUGCCAUUGUACCCUCAACGGAGAAAGGAGUCUGAUGCAUCUGAUGAUUCACUGAGCUCAGAUCACUGGAUGCUGACACAGGCUGAUGGUGCUGAGGAAGAGGAAUCGCAGCAGAACUCCCCCAAACAACCUGAGGAGAAGACCAUCAAUGGGGUUUGUUCAUCCGUGAGUCCAUCCCAUCAAGAGCUGACAGUACAUAAGAACUCUCCAGAAAAGGUUCAGGAAGUGCUGCUGUGUAAUAUCAUGGGGCAGCUGGAGAUUCUGAGUAAUCCGGAUGUCUCUUUAUCUCAACGGACGCUCUCAUACCUGCUCUUGCUGUUCACACUGCCAAUGUGGAGUGCCACAACCUUAUGGGAAAGGUAUCAGAAAUGGAUCACUAAUGCUAUGACUGUGGCAUACUGGCUCUGGCAUGGGGUCAAGCUAUUAAUGAUCUUUAUGCUCAACAUCUUUAUGUCCACUAUGAGGAAAGGCCUUGGAGACAUGAUGCUGAGUCUGAUGAGUUUCAUACCUGCACAAGUGCACGAUGAGCACCAUAGGCCCAGAGAGUCUGCUGAGAGACACAUGGCGUCCUCUAAUCUGAAUGGGCACGUCUCUUCUCUUUUACCGGAGAGUCCCUCUGUGGCACAGACCCUGCCAAACCUCUACAAACUCCUGUUUUCACUAGAGAUAGAGAGCAAGUGGAGGAGACGCAAGAUAGAGGUGCAACACACGUUACAACAACACGUGGCUGAUGUGAAACGAAAUUAAAAACAUGCAAGCAGUGCAGGAUGGUUAAUGUUACUCAACACAGAGUAAAGUUGAUGUAUCGCUCUGUGCUAUUUCAUGUUUUUAAAUAGGUAAAUACUGAAUACAUAUUGCUAACAUGGGACUAGCAUUGGGACAAUGCUCUAGUCUUUUCCUUCAUAAAGAUCCUAUAAAAAUUUGUGGUAACACUUUACUAUAAAGGUUUGAUUUCUUAACUUUAGUUAACUAACAUUGGUGACAUUUAUUUUACAGUGUCCUUGUUACAUGUUACAUGUAGUAACUGUAGUAAUUACUAUAAAUUGUGCAUAAUUACAUGC